GAAUUCAUUUUCUUUGUGAGGAGGAAACGAAAAGGAACCUCUUUAGACGUCCUAUAAGGUUUCCUCAAAUCAUUUAUUGGACAUAUAAAUAACUUAAGGAGAAACAUUUCUUCAUCAAUUACCCCAAAAACUUUUCAAUAGCAACCAAGUUUAAGGUAUGGAAGCCAAACCUGCAGACACAUUUAUUGAAGAAUUUGAGCCUUUUUGUAAGUGGGAACGUAAGGACGAUCGUGACGUUCUCGAAAUCCAUCUCCGAGAAUUCAAGAAGGAACAACUGAAAGUACAAAUCAGCAAUUUACGGAUCCUCAAGAUCUCAGGAGAACGUCCGUUAGAUGGUUCAAAGAAAAGCAGAUUCUACAAAGAAGUUCAAGUUCCAAAAGACUUCGACUCAACUGCAAUUCGUGCAAAAUUUGUCAAUGGCUAUCUCUACAUUGUAAUGCCAAAAAAAACUUCUCUCAGUGAAAAAAGAGAAGAAGCAGAAUCUCUUCAUGAAGAUCAGACCAAAGAACAACCUCAAAAUGGAAGUGGUCAAAAGAGCCGUAAACAAGAAACAUCUGCACCUGUCGAAUCUGCUGAGACUACACCAGCAGUGUCUGAACGGGCAGUUUGGCCAACAUUACUAACGCUUGGCGAGGUAGUUGUGAGUCUUGCAGCACUGGUAGGUCUAAUUGCUUAUGUUGUUUACAUGUAUAGAUUUAUGGUUCCUCAAGGUGAUGAGUAGUUUUAACUUGUACCUAUCUAAUAUUCUAAGUCAUUUGUAUGUAUUGAAGUUCUAGUGAACAAUAAAUGACAAAAACUUGUUUUUAUUCUUA